AUGGCUUCUUCUCCUUCAGUGGAUGACUCUCGUCGGUCAGCUGUUCCACCAAAAGAGCCAAAUGGACGAAUUUGUACAGUAUGUUGUGAUCGUGCGAACGGAUAUAAUUUUGGAGUUCUAACUUGUGAAUCGUGUAAGGCAUUUUUUCGAAGAAACGCUGCAAAACACAAGGAUAUCAAAUGUCCGUUCUCCGAUUCCUGCCAAAUUACUUCUGCAUCUCGUAAGUUUUGCCAGGCGUGCCGUCUGAAUAAAUGCUUUGCCGUUGGAAUGAGCAGUGAAUGGCUAAACGAUAUAAAACCAAAAACUUCUGGAUCUGGAAAGUUCAAAAGAAAGAAGCCAGAAACAAAAAGUCAAUUGAAAUUGGAAGUAGAAGACACUGAAGAUUAUAUUGAGAAUGAAGAAGAAGAGCAAAUCAGUGUGCCAAAAGCAUUGCUAGAAAAGCUAAUUAACAGAGCAAAUGAGAAGCCAAAAGAUCAUUGUAUUUGUAAAUGUCAAUGCGGAUUCUAUCCAACCUCCCAACGUCUCACUGCCUACACCCCGGAAGACCAGACAAUUGUUGUUUGUUCUCUGAUGAACACUUUUAAGAGUUUCAGAAUUUUUCAGAGCAGUACAGUAACCAAAAACUCGUUCUCACAACCUUCUCAUCACUCUGACUCAUUUUCCUAUUCGUCAUCUUCUUCAACCCUCUCACCAAUGUCAGUUAUCAGCUGUGCUCCAUCAUCUCAUGACUCCAGAAGCUACAGUACCCCUCAGAUUGUUCCUCAGUCGCCUUCUAAUUAUAGAGUUUCUCCUCCUUCCAUGCCUGCUUCGAUUACAGAUAUGUCUCCCCAGAUGACAUCUCAAUAUCCACAAAUGUUUUCUCCAUUCCAAUUCAAUUUCAUGUCCCAGCUGUCUUGUUCGAACAGUUUCUUGAAUUUUCCUCCUCCAAUGCCAGAAAGAUCGUGGAGUCCAGUUCAGUCAGUGCAAGUGGAGCCAUUAAAUGAAGCAGUUCCAUCAGUUUUGAUCAAGAAAAUUCAUCUGAAGAUCGACAAGUAUCUUGGAAUUCUGACUAGAGAAGAAAUGACUCUACUGGAGGAACUCCACAUACAAAACGAACCUUUAAAUGCUCCAUUAAUAAAAUGGCAUAAUCCAGAUAGUAUUGAUGGAGUUUUCAAAAUUAUUGAAGAGGCUCUUCGGCGGAUUGUCAACAUGGCUUGUCAACUGAGUCUCUUCAGAGAGCUACACGUAGAUGAUCGCAAGAAUCUUUUGAAAAGUGGUUUCGGAGAACUACUAAUUGUUCGCGGGCUGAUGGCAUAUGAUAGAAGUGAUAACAGUUGGAAUCAUUCAUUUGGGGUCGGAGGAAAAAUGGAAGUCAAAGUGGACGUUCUGAAAAAUCCCAAACUGGAAGAACACUACAAAGCCCAUGUCAACUUGAUAGCGACAUUUGGAGAUGAUGUGAGGAACAACGAAAACCUUAUGCUCUGUUUUAAUGCAGCUGUCAUAUUUCAUCCUCAUUUAACUACACUACGGGAAAGCAAUCGUGUUCAUGCAACUCAGGCCAAAUACUUUCAAAUGCUUUUAAAAUUGCUCACUUUUGAAUAUGGAAAAGAAAAAGCAGAUAUUGCCUAUAGUAACCUUCUACAUCAAGUCGUCGAACUUCAUCGCGUCAAUCGAACCUUACUCCGCGUCUUUUAUGGUUUAGAUAUUGCCCAAUUAGAUCCAUUAAUUCGAGAACUGUGUUCUUUUCAAUAA